GAUAAAGAAGUCGUUACUCAUACUGGUCAGGUAUUUGACAAGAAUGACCGAAGACGAGCUAGGUUUAUCGAUCGUGAAAAGGAGGCGAGUAAUCACCAAGUGAACGAAAGGUUUGCUAUUGAUCUAAUAAAUGAAGUUCCACCUAUUAAGGUAAAAGGAAGACAUGUCUGGUGUGACGGAGGAAACUCUGCUCUUGGUCACCCUAAGGUUUAUAUCAAUUUGGAUUCACCUGGUCCACAAAUUUGUGCUUACUGUGGCUUGAGAUAUAUCAGAGAGGAUUAA